GGGAUGAAAGCUAUCGAGAAAUUGAAACCGGAUGAAUUCACAGCCUAUCUUCAACAAUACAGUAAUACAAUAUGUGGUCGGCGUGGAAUCAGCGUGCUCCUGAACGCAGUUCAAACGUUACGGGACCGCGGUCAGGGAUAUUGGCAAAUGCAAUUUCUCAAGUACGCUCAAUCCUCGCAUUGCGAAUCGAUGAACGAUUCCUCGGUGAGCUACGCUGCCGGAGCUCUGACGGUGAAUUAA